AUGCUCUUGAGAACAAUAAACCCUAUAGGAAUAAUCAGGCCAAGAUUGAUCAGGCCUAGCAUAUUACAUCAUGUUCCAAAAUUAAUCACAUUCAAUUCUCAAAUAAGGGCAUUUUCCACUAAACCCGAACCCACACCCAAAAUUGACCCAAUUAUUAACCACAAAAAUCAAUUAUGGACAAUUCCAAACAUCUUAACAUAUACAAGAAUAAUCACUACUCCAUUCAUAGGAUAUUUCAUUACUACAGGUGAAUCUAAGGCAGCACUACUGCUUUUUACAUAUUCAUGUGUAACAGAUUUCAUUGAUGGAUAUAUUGCUAGAAAAUUUAAUAUGAAAUCAGUUGUUGGAUCUAUUAUUGAUCCAUUAGCCGAUAAGUUCUUAAUGACGGUUUGUACGUUAUCUUUAGCAUAUGCUAAUUCGAUUCCUUUAAGUAUAGCCAGUGUGAUAAUCGGUCGUGAUGUGAUGUUAAGUUUUAUGUCAUUUUAUUAUCGAUGGAAAAGUCUUGAUCAUCCCAGAACAUUUAAUAAUUUUAUAAGUAUUGGACAAAAACCAACUAUCAGUGUUCAUCCAAACUUGUUGGGGAAAGUGAAUACAGCUUUGCAAAUGUUUUAUAUCGGAAGUUUAGUAUAUCGUCCUUUGAUAGAGACAUUUAUUGAAUCCAAUUUAGAUUUGUAUUUUCUGGGAUUAGGUGGGAUAGUUGGAAUAACGACUAUCUUAAGUGGAGCCACAUAUGUGUUUAGCAGAAAUUCAAUGAAAUAUGUAAAAUAG